GACCAAUACAAGUCUUCGCGUUAUGGGGGACGAAAAAGUCAACGUCACCAAACACGUUACACGUCCUUAAAUAAGAGGAAAACGCAUGAUCUCCUUCUCAUUCUGCUCUUUAUGCGCUUCCUGCUGCCCUGCCUCCACAGAAGUCUCAAAUCUUCUUCCGGGAAAAACAACAGAUUCUUGGGCGCCAUGGCUACCAACUCUGGGAAGAAGCUGAUAAGAAUUGAUAUAAGUUCAGACACUGUAUGUCCAUGGUGCUUUGUUGGCAAGAAAAACUUGGACAAAGCCAUAGCUGCCUCUACUGACAGAUUUGAUUUCGAGAUUAGAUGGCAUCCAUUUCAGCUGUAUCCUGAUGCCCCAAAGCAAGGAGUGAACUUGUUACAGUUCUACAGAGGAAGGUUUGGAGGCGGAAUCGACGGAAUGAUGGCUCGCAUGUCUGAGAUCUUCAGGGGACUUGGCAUGAACUAUGAUGUUACCGGGCUAACGGGAAGUACUAUGGACAGCCACAGGCUGAUGUAUUUAGCAGGUGAGCAAGGGCUUGACAAGCAGCACAAGCUUGCUGAGGAACUCUUCCUUGGAAACUUCACACAGGCCAAGUACAUUGGAGACAGGGAAUUCCUGCUGGAAUGUGCUGAGAAGGUUGGAUUAGAAGGUGCGGCCGAGUUCCUCGAUGACCCCAAUGCUGGACUGAAACAGGUAAAUGAGGAUCUGGGGAAGACAGUGGUUAGAGGAGUGCCCUACUAUGUGAUUAACGGGAAGCACAAGUUGAGUGGAGCACAGCCACCAGAAGGUUUCCUGCGAGCUUUCGAAGUUAUUGCCAAAUCAUAAGUCUGCAACCAGAUUGCUAGCUGUUUCCUUGUACUUUCAUACUUUCAUAUUCACAGACAACUCUCUACAUGUCUCGUAAGCCUUUCUUUCCUAUUAUGCGCUGGUUUUCAUCCACCAAACCACACCAUAACUAUCAACUCGAACGAUCAUGUCGUUUCAUCGAAAGCCAGCACCUACAACCAGACAAAAGGUUGCGCUUUCAGCUAAAACUAUGACAUAGUGGUCAAAAGAACCAAGUGUUGCCUUUACAUACACACAACAUUCAUGAACUCAAACCCAUUGAUAAUCAGCCCAAAGAAAAACUGACUUAAAAAGAGAUAUAGUUACCUUUCCACAAACAGGACAACUGUCACUUAGUCAUAAUCUUAGGAUUCUCCGGAGUAUACUCUGCACAUGUGAGAACUGGAAAGUUAGAGAUCCGUUACCUUAGCCUUCAUCUUUUGCAGAAUGGAAUAGAAUGCAGCUUAAGAACAGACAACGGGCUACUAAUGCUCACACCACAUUUCAAAUAAAAUAACACAUAGAUAUAUAUAUAUAUUUUUUGGUAGAACAUAGAUAUAUUUAAAUACAAUAUUUAACAUCAA